AUGGCGGGCUCUGCACGGAAACAGAAACGCUCUCGGCUCAGCGAUGCCGCCUCUGACAAAGCUCCUACUCCCAAUGGGGACCGUGUCAAGCGACGUCGGUUCUCUGAGAACUCCAUCUCGAUCGACAAGCCCGCCGUCCAGUCGUCGGACCAACCCAAGAAGGCACAGCCAUGGCUGUUUGCUCGUCCGGUGGGCGGGCGCUACACCAAUCUGGACCCUCUGGUGACGCCCGACGAGGCUUAUCUUUUUGUCGGGCUCGAAACCGCCGUUCAGGUCUAUGCAACCGCUACCUCGCGCCUGUUGCGUACUCUGCAAGUGGAGGCCGGCCACAAGGUCAUUGGGUUCCGAAUCUGUCCGGUCGACCCCGAGCAUCUCUAUAUUUUCACAUCCUCUGGCUUCGUGACCAAGUGGCAUUGGCAGUCUGGGAAACGGCUGGCGCGUUGGGGUACCGACUGUCUGGCCAUCUCGGGUGACUUGAUUGUGAACGAACGUGCGGACCACCCUGACGUCUUGUUCUUCUCCUUGCAGCAAAAGGAAGGAAAGCGGCAGAUCGUGGUGAAUGCUCUGGGUGAUGGAAAGCUUCAGGGCGCGGUCGUGAUGCAGACCACCAAGCGGAUCAGUUCCUUCACAAUUGCUCGAGAGGGUCGAGUCAUCGUUGCGGCAGAUGGCCAUAAUCUGAUUAUGGGCACCACCACGAGCUUGGACCUUGAGAGCAUCCAGUCUGUACAGUAUACUUGGAAAGAGGCGAGUCUCCCAGUGCAUGCAAAAUGCUUCCAUAUACGGGACAGUGCGCCAGAAGCCCGAAACACGCUUCAAGGCUCUAAUCCGCUCGACCUCGCCGUGGGAGAAAGUGGUGGUUCCAUUUUGGUCUACCAAGAUGUUCUCAAUACACUGUUUGGUCAGGAGAGCGGCCGCGACAUGGAAAAGAAAUCUGUUGCUCGGAAAUUGCAUUGGCAUAGGGGUCCCGUAAAUGCCGUGCGCUGGUCAAAAGAUGGUAACUAUAUCAUGUCAGGGGGAGAAGAGUCGGUCAUGGUCCUAUGGCAAUUGGAUACGGGCCGUAAGCAAUUCCUGCCUCACCUCUCCUCGCCAGUAUGCAACAUUGUGGUCUCCCCCGAAGGCGAUUCCUACGUGGUGAAACUUGCCGACAACUCGGUCAUGGUUUUAUCGGCCCGAGAACUUCAGCCUUCAGCUACCGUUACCGGUCUGCAGCUGUGCCCGGAGCCGUCUUCGACCAGUUCCCCGGUUGUUGCCGCGCUACAUCCGCAACGCCCUGAACAAUUGCUCGUGGCUGUCCCAGCGUCCCAUCAAUCUUCCCAACAUGAUUCUCAGCCUGCAAGUCGCGCCGUGCUCCAAACUUACGACAUCCGCUCCAAUUGCCAUAUUGCGCGCCAGGCUUUGACGCGAACCAACGCCACCACACUAAGCAUUGGGCCAGAAGGGUCUCCGAUACUGGCACCAGAUGUCAAAUAUCUCGAUGUCGCGCAUGAUGGCAAGUGGCUAGCGACUACCGAUACCUGGACUCCUCGUUCUCAAGACGCCGAGGCCGUCGAUUUCAAUGUCCCAGGCGUUGCUUCCGCCAACCCUUGUCGCUCGGAGGUGUUUCUGAAAUUCUGGAAGUGGAGCGCUUCCUCUGAUACCUGGGAAUUGGUCACCCGUAUAGAUGGACCGCAUUUCACUGACUCUCGCCACUCUUCCCUAUUGGGUCUCGUGUCCCGCCCGGGUGCUCAUGAGUUUGCGACUAUCGGUGAAGAUGCCUUUGUUCGUUUCUGGUGCCCUACUGCCAGGAAUCGCAGUGGCUUGAAGACAAACGAUGAGCCCCAGGUGCAAUUAGAUACAUGGAAGUGCCGCGGUCUUAUUGACUUGAAGGGUUUCCUUGGUGGCACCCAAACCACAUCUCUUGACACGGCUUGCCUCGCUUUCUCGGAGGAUGGGUCUGUUCUUGCCAUCUGUCUUUCGGCAGAAUUCUCUGCAACUGGCGGUCUGGUCCUUCUGAUUGAUGUGCGAACUUGUACGGUACAGUACCGAAGAACUGGGGCUUUCCAUGGCGAGCCCUGUACGAUGAGCUUCCUGGGCAAAUAUCUCAUCAUUUCUUCCACCCACUCAGUAACUGUGUGGGAUACAGUCGACGACAUUGUCAGGGCCAUUCAGUCAUCAGAAUCGGCUGGUGCAUCCGCCUCUGGAAACCCCCAGCUCCUCGCGGUGAACCCUCGCAAUCAGACGUUUGCAGUUGCAGCUCGGGGAGCCGAUGGUUCUUCGAGUGAUUCAACCAAGAAACGGCGCAAGAAUCGGUCUCACAUGCGCAUCUACGAUGUCCCGUCCUUCCAAUUGGUAUUCCAGGACCAUCUACGAAACCGUCCACUCGCAUUGCUUUCGGAUGCCUCUUCCGGCGACUACAUUGUCAUCGAUACGGUAGCUCAUGUGCAGCGCUUAGGCUGCGAGGAAACAACUGCCCGGAAAAGUACCCAGAAUCGGGAUCCAUCUCUUCAUCUCAAUUCUGGAUUAACAAGCCUUUUCAGUCGGGGACAUGAGCGCAAUCCUGCACAACCUGUCGACCUGGAUACUCCAUCACAGGCCAAGGGGCUGGCAAGUGUAUUUGGGAGCACGCCCUCGUUCUCUCUACCUGCUAUGAGCGUUCUCUUUAGGAAUGUGGUUCAGUCUCUCCGCGCCGAGUGA